AUGGCAGUUCUCGAGAUGUUCUACAGAAUCUUCUCAGCGUCCAAAAUGCUUCUGAAUAGGAUUUGGACCCUUGUUACCAUGCUCGAUGGGUGGGGCAUUGCUGUCAUCAUGGUUAGCAUUCACUCUUGUAAACCGACUCCUCGCUUUUGGGAUCGAAGCAUUCCUGGAACAGGUAUCAAUUCGAGCAAUUUCUUCAUUGGAAUCACGGCUCCGAAAUUCGUUUCUGAUUUGCUGACAAUCCUGCUUCCCGUUCGCGGAGUCUUGGCACUCCAGAUGGCAAGGGACAAGAAGUUUGCUAUGAGCUACGUCUUUCUCCUAGGAGGAGGCAGCGUUGUGCUCGCAUCCGUCAGACGUCUCAUUUUGUUUGCCAUCUAUCGCCCCGGCCCAGAACCACGGGCGACAAUAUCAGUCAAACGGUCAUUAUCCUACCCGCCGCCCACGUAUGGCUCUCGCUCAGCCAGGAUGAAAGGGCCAAACUCACAGAGGAAGCUCUCAGCCUUGAAUGAAUUCAACACUCUCGUCACCGUUGGCAAGAUUUCCGACCGGGGUGGCGGUCGUAUGAAGCGAUCGGAAGAAAAUGACGACUUUGACGGAUCGUCUGAGCGCUUUAAAGACAGCGACAGCCUGCAGGGUCUGAGUGACGGCCUAUACGUGAAGAGCAAUGGCGCCGUGAAGAAUGAAAACAGGGUAAACUCCGAAAAUGGUAUACAUGUUCAACGAGAUGUGUGCGUUGAACGCAGUGACAAGGUCAUAUUCAAGGAUAUCAAGGAUUGGGUCGUUGGUGAUAUACAAUGA